UGUCAAUCAUCCGGUCGGCGCCCUUUGAUGCCUAGUGUCUUGGGCUCAAAUGAGCUGUUUGCUGUUGUAGGGAAACAUUAGUCCUCUACCGACCAACCAGCCGGGGGACGCCACAUCUCAACUUUUUUUCUGUAUGCGGUGGGGGUUUCUGCACUUUGGAGGCGCCCCAGACUGAGGAGAUUUAACGCAAAAGUCCCCUGAUUCUUUUCUUUAUUUAUACUUUCUUGUUAUUGUUAUUUUGUCCUCUUUUUUUUUAAAAAAAGUGUGAAAUAUCGCAAGGGGGGACGUAGACAUGCCUCAGCUCAGCAGCGGCGGCGGGGACGACCUGGGAGCGAAUGAUGAGAUGAUAUCGUUCAAAGACGAAGGAGAGCAAGAGGAGAAAAUCCAAGAAAAUGCGUUCACGGAGAGAGACCUGGCCGACCUCAAGUCCUCUCUGGUGAACGAGUCGGAAAUAAAUCAAAGUCCGAACGCAGCGGCGGUCAGACGGGGACAGCAAGGCGAGCAGAGGGGCUUCGCAGAGAAACACCGGGAGCACCUUGACGGUGUGUCGAAGCAGCAAGAUGGAGGCAUGUACAAGACACCGGCGUAUCCUGGGUAUCCAUUCCUGAUGCUGCCCGACCCCUAUCACCCCAACAGCUCAGUUUCUCCAUCUUCCAACAAAGUGUCGGUGGUGCAGCAGUCUCAUGGGAUGCACCCGCUGACGUCCCUCCUGCCCUACAGCAACGAACACUUCAGCCCGAGUCCUCCACACCUGCCCACAGACAUGAGCCAGAAGACAGGCGUUCACAGGCACCAGUCCCAGGACCUCUCAGGGUACUACUCCCUCCCUCCAGGCGGUGUUGGCCAGAUCACUCCCUCCAUGGGCUGGCAGAGCCAGCCAGUCUAUCCUGGCCUGUCCCCCUGUGGAUUCAGGCAACCCUACUCCUCCAACCUCCCCAGCGCCUCCUCCUACUCCAGGUUCCCUCACUCUCUGAUGUUGGGCCCAUCAGGCAUGCAUCCUACAGGGAUCCCCCACCCGGCCAUAGUGCCCCCUACAGGCAAACAGGAGCACGACCAGUAUGACAGGGGCAUGUACGUGAAGCAGCAGGUGGAGCCCAAGCGGGAGAAGGAGCCCAAGAAGCCGGUCAUCAAGAAACCCCUGAACGCCUUCAUGCUCUACAUGAAGGAGAUGAGGGCAAAGGUCAUCGCAGAGUGCACGUUAAAGGAGAGCGCCGCCAUCAACCAGAUUCUGGGGCGGAGGUGGCAUGCGCUGACCCGGGAAGAGCAGGCCAAGUACUACGAGUUGGCCAGGAAAGAGAGACAACUCCACAUGCAGCUCUACCCGACCUGGUCUGCCAGGGACAACUAUGAGGCGGGCCUUAGCGGGGUCGCAGGGGAAAAGAGUAAAGCUGAUUGGGGCAAGAAGAAGAGGAGAAAAAGGGAGAAGCAACAGGACUCCAACACAGACCCGGGCUCUCCUAAGAAAUGCCGGGCUCGCUUCGGCCUCAACCAACAAACGGACUGGUGCGGUCCUUGCAGGAGGAAAAAGAAGUGCAUUCGCUACCUUCAAGGAGGAGGCUGCCCCAGCCCAACUUCUUCAGAUUUAAGUGCUAUAGACUCUCCCCCCUCCUCUUCCCCCGCCCGCCACCCUCUCUACCAGCACCAGCGCCAGCGCCCCCACUCCCCGGGCUGCUCCCCACCGCCCACCUCCCCGUCAACACGCCUUCCCUUGUCUCCGCCAACGCACACACGCUCGCACACACGCUUGCCCCUGGAGCAGUCUGCUGGCAAGCGCAGUGACUUCCAGCAGCCUCCAACGACCAAACACACCCACACACACCUGGAACUGUCCGGCAAGCAGACGCACAGCUCGACGACUGCACUGUCUGCUGCCAAGGCCGCGGGACUUUCUCUCAAAGUGCUAACAGAGACUCAGUGAUCCAGUCGGCACACAUCCCUGACCCUGUUCAGCUCAGCAUCGUCCAGAGCCAUGAAGAUCACCUUCCUCCACCUGCCUUCAUUUUCACAUUCAUCUAUACCUUUUGUCAGAUUUAAAGAGAGAGAGUGACCGAGGUAGGAAGGACGGUGGGGCCAUCCUUCAGUCCAUGGUGACAGCCGGCAUUGGCCCAUAGUGAGAUAUUAGCUGUGUCUUAGUUCAGAGGCUGAUUUCUCCAGAGUCUGCGUUUCAAGGCCAUGUACAUCAUUAACAGGUCAACAGGGCUUAGUCCUUCUCGAAGCCUCCUUCACCCGUUCAGUUCUUUCAUCGAGCAUUCAGGAAAUCCUUGACAACCUGAAAGACAUCAUGUUAACCAGACAUGUGGUUCACCAGUCGCUGGGAGAUAUAACACGUUAUCUAAACAAAUGCAAGAGGCUGUUUUAAAAUGCAAAAAGAAUCUAUUUAUUAUAUGUACAAAAAGAAACAUACCAGCUCCUCCCUAUGAGAAUGACUUCUCAGUAAUGAACUUUGAAAUUAUUGAUUUGGAAGUUGACCAAGACCAACUGAAUACUCCUGAGUAUUUGCCCAUGACGCUGACCUGUCCCAUUUGGAAGAGAAGGCAAAGACUUGGCCUGGAGGGUCCCACCCCUGAAUUGGUGACUGAAACCCUGCCAGCUCCAGACCACACAACUCCAGUUGUUCGGAGGCAGUCCUGCGCUGAAGGCAGAAUUCAUCUGGAGCCUAAAACAAGUGGUUGUUUGGCUCCAUCUGCUGCAGUUAAACUCUGCUAAAGUCAUUAGUUUUACCUUAAGGACUGCUGUGCCUCUGAGAAGUAAUUUUACAAAUAAGUCGUUAGCACCUUCGCGCCUUUUUCUGUUUUUUUGCUUGUUUGUUUUACAGCUGACCCUGUGCUUUGACCUCCAUGACAAUCAUAAAAUGUUUUGCAAAUGAGCUCUUAAUCAAAUGAACCACAUCAACAGGCCUGUAAAAAAAAAAAAAUUAAUUAAAAAAAGGGCCAGAUUUACCCUGCAGAGAGAAGUCAAGCUGCAAGAGCUAACUUGGCAUCAAUGCGAGAGAGAGGGUUGUUGCACAAGACUCACAGUGUUGUUACAUACGUGUUUUCCCCCACAUGUGGGGGCCCAUAGUGACAAAGGAGAUGCCAGCGCCUUUGCCUCUUUUACAUAUCACCAUUACAGCUAUCACUGACAUACUACCCAUCAUCCAUCACUAUUACUGAGACCAAACCGUUAAUCCAUGAGAGGGGAGCAGAGACCAACAGCCAGCCAGCCUGACCAGCAGAACCUCAGCUCUGAAGAGGGACAGAGUCACUCUUGUAGCUGCCAUUUUGUUAACUGUUUGUUUCAUUACCUGUCCAAACAUUUUGAUAAAUACCUGUGCAGCUCCUUUGACAGAAAAAAUUGAUUUAAAGCAGGUUAAAAAAAAGAAAGUCUCAGAUUCACAAGACAGAAGUCCCUCUUUCAGUUACAUUAUUUCUUUUAGGCACUUUCACUCUGUCAGUCUCUUGCUUUAUCAACUCUUACAUUUUUGUUCUGUUUUCUCCUAAUUUGAGGUAUUUGUGUAUAAAUCUGUUUUUUGUUUUUUUUUAAGGUCAAAUGUUUUUGCUGGUGAGGAAACCCUCGAAGACAAGUCUGUUUUCCUUUGACUGAACAUUUUGCAGCUCCAUUAAUUAAUCUGAGACCAAAUGGGUACUAUUAUAUUGCAUUGUGUUGUAAAGUUUUAUAAAUGUGGCAAUUCCCUAUUAUAAUUAAACUUUUAUAUGUUUUUAUGUAAAAAAAAAAAAAAAAAAAAAAAAAAAAGUGAAAUGACUAAAAAAAAAAAAAAGAAAAAAAACUUCUAGUUUCGACCAUUUCUUAAAGCAAUACAUUUUGUGUUUGUCCUCUCGUGCAGAGUUUUACUUUUGGUCAGGUGUUACUGCAGCAGCGUUCAAAUGAUAUCUUAUGUUCUCAAUCUGUGCAUGUUCCAACUUUAAUGUAACAAGAAGACAUUUUGACUAAAAAGGCUUUAAUUUACUGUUCUGCUUGAAGCUUCAGACUCAGCUUACGACUCUGUGGACAAACUGUAGGCUGAGCUUUUGUACAGCAAAACUGUUUUCCUCCAGCAGAGAGAGCUCUUGUGCUAGAAAUAGCUUGUUAAUUUGAGGUCGUUCACAUCAGUAGUGGGAACACCUCAAACAUGUCUUUUGUAUUUUUUAUGCCUUGGACGCCUCUGAUGUAUUACUUGUUUGUUUGUUUUUUUUGGUUGAUGUAUUAAAAGUGUUUUGAAUAACUUGU